AUGGAGUUUUUCAACUCGGCUCUCGGGAAGAACAUCACCUUUGUGCAUCCUGCAUAUUUCAUAAUAAGCGGAUUUAUCGGAAUACCUCAUGUUAAGUAUUAUUACAUCUUUCUGUGUUUUCUGUAUAUCUUUUCCGUGCUGGCAAACACUGCAGUCAUGGCCGUAAUAUGUUUGGAUCCCAAUCUGAGAACUCCAAAGUAUAUCAUAGUUUUUAACCUGGCCUUUACAGACCUGUUCGGUAACUCUGCUCUGGUGCCGAAGGUCCUGGACGUCUUCCUGUUCAACCAUCACCAGAUCCCCUACAACGACUGCCUGACCUUCCUGUUCUUCUGCUACACCUGCCUCUCCAUGCAGUCUCUCAACCUGGUGGCCCUCUCUUACGACAGACUCAUAGCGAUCGGUUACCCGCUGCAAUACCAUGUGAAGAUCACUCACAGGUCCAUGUUUUGUGUUAUUGCCUCUUUUUGGCUCUCUAUCGUCACUGUGGUACUGAUCGCAGCCGGCCUUCUCACCAGACUCUCCUUCUGUCAGUCCGUAGUGAUCAGGAGUUUUUUCUGUGACCACGGCCAGUUGUAUCGUCUGGCCUGCAAUGACAUCACACCCAGUUUUAUCAUGGCCAAGCUUUUAUCAACUCUCAUCCUCUGGUUCCCUCUGAUAUUCAUCGUGUGCAUGUACCUGUACAUCAGCUAUGCUUUGACCAAAGUGACCACGGUUCAGGGGCGGCUGAAGGCCUUAAAAACCUGCACAGCUCAUCUGUCACUCGUGGCCAUCUACUUCAUCCCGAUAUUAGUCACAUUUAUGUUUGCGAAUAAUAUUCAUCCCAAUGCCAGGAUCAUUAACUUGUCUCUGAGCUCCGUCUUUCCUCCCACCUUGAACCCGAUUAUCUAUGUUCUGCAGACGCAAGAAAUAAAAGAAUCUGUGAGAAAAUUAUUAAAGAUCAGAAAGAAAUCCGGGAUUAAAGUAAAGAAAGUUAUUGUCAGGUAA